AUGCCUCCCGCCGACAUUGAACAAGCUGCCUACGACCUGUUCCACCCACCCACCGCCCGCUCCUUUCCGGAAUGGACCACGGAAGACGACAGUGACGUUGACAUUGCCUCCGUCGCCGAGGAGCAGCGCCGCCGCUUCCGCGCCGCCAGCGUCGCAGGCCGACAACAGCGCAGCAGCAGGUACAAGGCGCCGCUGCGCGAGCUGCCGGCCAUUCUCACCCGCGGGCGCGUCAGCCAGGAGGCUCAUGAGAUCCGCGCCGCCCUCGAGGGCCGCAAGGCGGGCCACCACGUCGCCAAGGGACUCGGGGGGCUCCCGGGGCUGGGGGGGCUCGCCGACGCAACGUCCGGCUUCACCCAUGUUGCGUCUGAGGCGGCCGGCGCCGUCGCGGAUGGCUUUCGCCACUCGGCCGAUGCGGCGGAAGAGGCCUUUGCGGAUGGCAAGGGUAUCGCGGGAGCGGCCGGCGCGGCGGCGGACUCGGUCCACGACGGCUUUCAUAAAGGCAUCGGCGUCGUAGCCAGUGCCGUCAAAGGUGUGCAAGGUGCCGUUGCCAGUGCCAUCGGGGCCACCAGUGAGAGCGAAUCCUCGGGUAAUGAAAGUACCUCGUCGACGGCAUCGACCAUAUCGACCAUAUCGACCAAGUCAACGGACGAUCCUGCCCCGCAAACUCAACAACCACCGCCUCCCAUCUCAACAAACAAUCCCCCUCAAGUCUCAGAGGCACCCACGAGCGUGGCUCUUCCUCCUCCUCCUCCUCCUCCUCCCUCUCCUACGCCACAACCGCCACCCCCAGCACCGCCUCAAAAGACAAACACUCCUCCGCCGUCAAGUGAAAAGCCUGAUCCUCCCAAACCCACCGACAACCCGCUUGAUAAUGUACCCCCUCCAAAAGCAGAGCAACCAUCCUCGGUGGAAGAGGCGAGCUCCUCAGAAUCGGAGUCAGCAACUUCAUCGGAGACUUCCCCAAGGACAUCCGCAGAGACCUCGCCCACGUCUUCGGAAGAGGAUGCGAAGCUUUCGCUCAGCACCAUUGUUCCUGACGCAACUGCGACGACCCAAAGCGGCACCCGCAUCAUACUCACACCCAUAGUGACAAGUUCCCUUCCUGCCAUAACAUCGGGUGGCAAAAAGGGCACAGCUCCCGAAAAGGAAGCCACCACGCCGGUUGCCGUGGCCCCUGCCCCUACCACAUUGUCAACAAGUAUCUCGACAACCUCGAGACUUGACAGACCUCCUGCAAUCACUCCCAGUAGGCCUGAUAGUGAUAGAAACGACGGUGGUGGUGGUGGUGGUGGUGGUGGAGGCGGCGGCGGUUCACGUGGCGGGCUCAGCACUGGCGGGCAGGAUGCCAUCAUCUCCAUUGCCGUAUUAUUUGUCGUCAUCGCCGUUAUUUCACUCGGAUACUAUUUUUGGCGAAAAGGCAAGAAGCGGAUGGACUCUGACCACGGUGGUUCAUUCAAAGCCAUGAUGAGACCGCAGCUCGACAAGGCAAAGAAGGGUCUCACCAAAGUUGCCGACAAGAUCCCAUAUGUCCGCGAUAAGCUCUUCAGGAAGGAGAGCUGGGAGAACAUCGAUGAUCCUUACAAGGGUCGGUUCACGGAGAAGAUAUUCAGUUCCAUCAGUUCGGCUGGACCUGCUCCCCCCAAGAAGGACAAUGCCAGGCUAGAUCCUAUCAGAGUGCAGACCACAUUUGAACAGAGGAGCUCAAUCGCGUCCCAGUUCAAUGGCGGGCCUGCCAUCGGGGCCACGGUGUCCUCUGUCGGCCUCUCAACCAUGGGCGUGUCCACGCUCGGCGUGUCCACGAUCGGAGACGUAUCUGCUCCAGGACGAUCAACAGAGGCAGGGGUCUUUGCAGCGGCGUCUGCCCCGAACCCCAGCAUGUCACCAUUCGCGGACCCAGGAGACAUGGAAGCCCAAGCACCAGCACAAGCACGCAGGGCCUCACAAACGAGGCAGCUAGCCGGCACCACCCACGGCCCGAAGCCGUCGCUGUCCUCCAUCACGCCUCAGUACAACCUGACUUUGCUCUCCGCCAUGGCAGGAGGCGGGCGCCGCAUGAGCGACAUGUCCUCGCUGUCCUCGGGCUUUGGCGACGGCGACAUUGUCGUGCCGCCCAAGCAGGCGCGCAAGUCAACCCGCGCCAGCAAGAUGAACAACGUCACCAACAGCGGCGACCUGGAGGACGAUGAGCAGCAGCAGAACAAUCACCGGCACAGCACGGCCACGACGGUGGCCACCAACGGCCGCCGCGACACGGUGUACACGGAGGCGUCGGAGGACUCGCCGCCGCGCUUCCGCACGGUCAGCUCGUGGGUGCGCCAGCAGUCGGGCCGCGUCAAGCGCGCCAAGCAGCGCGAGCAGGACGCCGCGGACGAGUCGGGCACGCCGCCGCCCGUGCCGCCCAUCCCGCCCGAGCAGGAGUUUCGCCUGAUGAUGCCGGAUGGCGAGGAGCCGCGGCGGGUCGAGGACACGACCGGCGGCGACUGGAGCAGCAGCGCCCAGGCAACGGGCGGUGUGAUUGGUACGGCUCGUUGA